ACGCGAAACAGCGCGUAACGAUGCCUCGGCUAUUGCCGAGAACGAGAGUAGACCACGAACGAGAGUAGAUCGUUCGAACGUUAGUUACCCGAGGUGAACGACAAGCGUACGGACACGUAUCGGAGUGUAUUGAUAUUGCAAACCAUCAGGGAUCUUCGAUACGACGCGGCACUUCCACGAUUUCAUCGCAUCGCGUCUACGAUUCAGCCUACGAUUGAAAUAUGGGCGCUGUUUCGAACGCGACAUACUUAGGGCUCGAUCUCAGCACGCAGCAGUUGAAAGCAGUUGUCGUCGAUAACGAUCUUGCCGUUCUCCACGAAACCAGUGUACAAUUCGACAAUGACCUGCCUGAAUUUAGAACGUACGGGGGCGUGAUUCACAAAAAGGACGAGCCGCACGUAGUGGUGGCUCCCACUUUGAUGUGGGUUAAGGCUCUGGACAUGAUUCUCGAUAAAUUGCGCGUCUGCGGCGUCGAUUUCAGCAAGGUGGCCGCUAUUUCCGGAUGCGCACAGCAACAUGGCACGGUUUAUUGGGGCAAGGGCAGUAGAAAUCAGUUGCAGCGAUUGGACCCUGCGAAAUUCUUGCACGAACAGCUGGUCACCUCUUUCUCGGUGACGCCGUCACCUGUGUGGAUGGAUUCCAGCACCACCAAGGAGUGUCGCAUGUUGGAAGAGAUCGUGGGUGGCCCCCAAAAAUUGGCGGAGAUGACGGGAUCACGGGCGUACGAAAGGUUCUCGGGGCCCCAAAUAGCGAAAAUAGCACGCACCAGGCCGGAAGCCUUCAGCAAUACUGAGAGGAUCUCUUUGGUUAGCAGUUUCCUCGCUUCCUUGUUCCUGGGCGAUUUCGCGCCGAUCGAUUGGUCCGAUGGCUCCGGAAUGAACUUGUUAAAUAUUCAUACGAAAGAUUGGGACGACGUGUUACUGGAGGCCUGCGGUCUUGGUUUGCGAGAAAAACUCGGGAAACCAGUUUCCUCGAGCAGCGACAUCGGCCCGAUUUCGUCCUAUUUCGUCGAGAGAUUCGGCUUCGACGAGGCAUGCCGCAUAAUCGCAUUCACAGGCGACAAUUCAGGUUCCCUGAUAGGUAUGAGACUGAAAGAAGGAGACAUUGCUUGUAGCUUGGGAACGAGCGACAACUUGUUUAUAUGGUUGAACAAGCCGAAAACUGUUCUGGAGGGGCACGUCUUUUGCAAUCCUCUCGAUGACGAUGCUUACAUGGCGUUGCUUUGCUUCAAGAAUGGAUCCCUGACUCGCGAGCGAAUACGCGACAGCGCGGCGCAGGGCUCCUGGCAGAUCUUCAACGAGUUGCUGGAGAGCACACCGCGGGGCAAUUUCGGGAAUUUAGGCUUGUACUUCGACGCGCAAGAGAUACUGCCGUUCCUCAUCGGCGAUCAUCGAUUCAACAAAGCGAACGACGAGAUAUCGCGUUACAGCUCGAAGGAGGUAGAAGUGAGAGCCCUGAUCGAAGGGCAGUUUGCCGCUAAGAGAGCUCACGCCGAGGAUUUUGGUUUCGUCGUAGGUCCGAAUACACGAAUAAUUGCGACCGGAGGUGCAUCCGCAAACAAAUCUAUACUGCAAGUACUUUCCGACGUUUUCAAUUCGCCAGUAUACGCAUUGGAACUAGCUAAUUCGGCUAUGAUGGGUGCAGCCUAUCAAGCGAAGUAUGCUUCAUCCCAAAACGAAUCCAAUUUUGACGAAAUAACACGCUGCUUGCCGGAACCAGCGCUCGUGUGUCGUCCUUACCACGACGCAGAAACAAUAUAUAAAUCACUGGUCGCACGCUACCGGAAAAUCAUAGAGACAGCAAAAAAUAAAACAAGUACAAAGUAACACGUGCAUAAUAUAACUAAGUACAGAGGCCUUGGAUGAUGCAUAAUAUAAUCUAAUCUAAGAGUAUAAAAUAAUUAUUGCAUUUAGAGCAUUUUUAUAGUACCGGUAAUAUUUAUAGAGUUUUAUUCUCGAAAAUUUUUAUACCUUUUAUGCAAUUUUUAGAGAUCUGCUUUUAAAAUAUUCGAGCAAUGAAAUAUCAUUUCAAUUUCAAUAAAUGAAUCGGAGAUAUUAGAAACAUUCAAAUGAAAUGGGAACUUAAGAAGUUGAGGUAGAAAUAAAAAUAUUGUUUUAAAUACUUUGCAAGCGCUAUCUCGAUGAUUUUUU